GAGAUUUCCCGCGAAGAGGCGCACAGCGGCACUGCAGUUGCGUGGUUCAGAUCAGUGUGCCUGCUAAUAUCACCUAAGUUUGCCAACUUCAAUGUUAAGACUUUACAACUUCAUUCGGUAACGUUGGCUGUACAAAAGAGUCACAAUGAGUAUACUGGCGAAAAUAGCGGAGAUCGAAAAUGAGAUGGCCAGGACACAAAGGAACAAGGCCACAGCUCACCACUUGGGUCUGCUCAAAGCACGUCUUGCGAAACUGAGAAGGGAACUCAUCACACCAAAAGGUGGCAGUGGUGGAGCAGCAGGAGAAGGCUUCGAUGUUGCAAAAACUGGUGAUGCCCGUAUCGGCUUCGUCGGUUUUCCUUCAGUGGGAAAGUCCACACUGCUAAGUAACCUUGCAGGUGUAUACUCUGAAGUCGCAGCUUAUGAGUUCACCACCCUCACAACAGUACCUGGAGUCAUUCGUUACAAAGGUGCCAAAAUCCAGCUCUUGGAUCUCCCAGGAAUCAUUGAGGGAGCCAAAGAUGGCAAAGGAAGAGGACGACAGGUCAUUGCAGUGGCUCGAACUUGCAACCUAAUCCUGAUAGUGCUCGAUGUGUUGAAGCCUCUGGGCCAUAAGAAGCUGAUAGAACAUGAGCUGGAGGGCUUUGGCAUCAGACUAAACAAGCAACCACCCAACAUCGGCUUCAAGAAGAAGGACAAAGGAGGCAUCAACUUCACAGCUACAUGUGCACAAAGUGAGCUGGAUGCUGACACUGUAAAGAGUAUCUUAGCAGAGUACAAGAUCCACAACGCCGACAUCACUCUGCGCAGCGACUCCACCGCUGAUGACCUCAUCGAUGUGGUGGAGGGAAAUCGGGUCUACAUCCCCUGCAUUUACGUACUGAAUAAAAUCGACCAGAUCUCAAUUGAGGAACUCGACAUCAUCUACAAGGUGCCACACUGUGUGCCCAUCUCCGCCCACCAUCGCUGGAACUUCGAUGACUUGCUGGAGAAGAUGUGGGACUACCUACAACUCGUGCGCAUCUACACUAAACCCAAAGGCCAGCUUCCUGAUUACACGUCCCCUGUUGUUCUCCCUGAUGGAAGAACUUCAGUCGAGGAUUUCUGCUUAAAAAUCCACAAAAACCUCAUCAAAGAAUUUAAGUAUGCACUUGUGUGGGGAUCAUCUGUGAAACACAACCCUCAGAAGGUGGGGAAGGACCACGUGUUGGAGGAUGAAGAUGUUAUCCAGCUGGUGAAGAAGUAAAAGGAGUCUCAUCGCUCUGCAUGGCCUGUUUAUCACAAAAUGUUCUGUACGGUUGCUCGGUAAAUCAUCAAAUAUAUCUAUUAGAGCACAUCGUCAUGUGGGUCCCACUUUUUUCUCUAAUUUGCAAAAGAUAAGGUGAAUGUAAGUGUGACAUUGAAAAGAACCUACAGUACUUAACACCAUGAAUAGUUCAUAUUGAAUAUUGGUUAAGGCUUGCAUUAAAAUCUUUGGAAAUCUGUACAGUAAAAGAAUGAAGAGAC